AUGCAUAUUGCGAACGCCGCUGUGCGGCGCGAGCCCGGAGCUACCAAGAACAACGGGGAUGGGAACGAGCAUCAGGACGGCCACGCGGAAGUCGACUCGCCCAUCAUGGGGCGGGCAGAGGGGCGUGAUAAGCCUUUCAGAGGGGCUGACGAUAAUCGCACCGAGGAUAACCGCACCGAGGAUAACCGCACCGAGGAUAACCGCACCGAGGAUAACCGCACCGAGUAUAACCGCACCGAGUAUAACCGCACCGAGUAUAACCGCACCGAGGAUAACCGCACGAUAAACGUUAGGACUGGAGGGCGGGUGCUCACCCCCGAGGAGCACUGGCGGCGCUACCAGCCGCAGCUGGCGACGCGGUACGGGCACUGGCGAUUCUGGUUACCAGCGCAGGGGCGAGAGGCGAAGCUGUCGCUGGAGCUGCUGCGCGAAAUCACCCCCGUGGAGGUGGAGAGCGGUGCAGAGGAGUACGUGCUGCGGCACGAGCAGUUCAACCGGCGGGGGGAUUUCCCAGCCAAGGUGGCGGAGGGAGCGUGGCCCUUCUCCUGUGUGCGCGCCAGCCACACCAACGGCAUCGCACUGCCCUAUGGCAUCUACAGCCAUGGCGCGCGCGUGCUCUGCGCUGGGGGGGGCGAGGAGGGGGCUGUGGUGAUGGCGCAGCUGCAGGUGGGGCGAGGCAGGCAGGGGGGCAAGGGGGAGGGUGGGGGAGAGGGUCGGGAGAAGGGGAAGGAGGGGAAGGAGGGGGGAGAGGAGGGUGAGCGUGACAAGGGGCGUGGGCAGGGCAGCACGGGAGGGGAGUCGGUGCGGCGUGCAGUGCUACUCACAGCCAACGUGUGCUUCAUGGACGGCCCUGGCGCGCAGCUCAACGUGGCCUUCUCGGAAGCUUCCUUGUCGCUGAGGCAAGACGACACUGUCCUACCAACGGACAGUCACAACAAGUCCCACACUGGUGGCAGUGGCGCCAGCGAUCAAGCUGCUGAUCGCAACACAAGCCCCUCCGGCCAAUCCCGGCAUGACACGUGGGCCAGCCCUCACUGGAAGACCCCUCUUCCAACCCACCUGCCAGCCUCCCUCCCCCCUCUCCCUCCCAAGCCCCUCUAUGGAGUGCCUCACUACAUCUACACUGACCUCUAUGCUACACCUCUUCCUGAGCAUCUGAACAACGGGCUGGAAACUCAGAACAUGGAGGUGUUUUCAGGGUAUUUAGCAGGAGUACCCAAGGCCCAGCACAGCAGGUAUGGUGUGUGGGCUCUGCCCAGGGGCGUGGUGGUGGCCAUGCCUUCCCCCUUGGAGCCUUUGCUCAGCCGUGAGGGGGGAGGAAAAGGGGAGGAGUUUUGGCUGGUUGUGACGUAUGUGAGGGGUGGAGGACAAGGUGUUCAGGGUGGUGGUGAUGGGGAGUUAGGAGGGGUGGAGGUGGGUGGGGAUGAAGGAGAGGAGGAGGUGGGGGGUGCACUUGCAGAUACAGGGUACAUGGCGAAAGGAGAGUGGAAGGUGCAGCAGGUGGUGAUAGCAUAUGAUGCACAGGGGAGAUUAGAGUACAUGAAGCACACCAGGUUCAUGUGA